AUGAGAGGGUAUCCCCGCGGCGGGCAUGUGGACAGACAUCGAUUGCUUGUUUGCAAAGAAUUCUUAUUUCCCAAUCAUUGCACACCAAACAACACUACACUCGUAGACUACCAGCCCCGUGGUGGUGGUUGUAGGAGCUCUCGACUCCAUGUCCUCAAAGAAGAAACCCAACCACUAGUCAGUAUCGGUCCGGACGAGAGCCUAUUCAACGCAAUUAAAUUGUUAAUCCAUAAGAAAGUACACCGGCUUCCAGUCAUCGACCCCGAGACGGGAAAUGUAUUAUACAUACUGACCCACAAACGAAUUCUUAAAUACCUGUUCCUUUAUUUACCAGCGAAAUACUCGCUCACAAAUACUAUUCAAAUCGACACUAAUUAA